AUGAGCUCCGGCUCGAGGAAAGGCCCAACUGAAGCAACCGUUCUGUGCAUGGCUGCACUGGUGACGCUCCUUCUACUAACCUCGUCGUCCGCCGCCGCGGGGAGAGUUCUGACGGAGGGGCGGGGACCGGCCGGCGGCUACGUCGGCUCCCUGUUGACACUCCUGCAGAAGGGUGGCUCGGGGCCAGGGCCUUCCGGCUGCACCGGCGGGCCCGUCAACAAUGGUGGAACCUGCCCGUAG